ACAGACAAAUCACAGAAAACACGCAAGUCACUAUGGACGAACUAGAGCCGCCAACGCCGUCAAAUCUCCGCCGCCGGAGCUUAAGCGUGACUUCCGGGGUGAUCCCAAACACGCUCACCCUCCACACCACCAGUCUCCCCAACGGCACAAGCACAGCUGCACCCCUCGACUACGAGCUCGUCUCUCUCAACUCCUCCUCCUCCUACACCUCCCUUAAGGACCUCCUUCCCUCCAACUCCGCCGCAAUCAACUCCCCCAACGCCACCGCCGCGGCCUCCUCCCUCUACGAGAUCUCCAUCCGCAACCGCCUCGUCAAGCAUGCAGCCUGGGCAUAUCUCCAGCCCAUGUCCUCUUCCCCGGAUGCCUCUGCCCCUCAUUUCCUCCGCCGCCUCUGGCUCCGGUUCUCCUCGCCUCGGAACCUCGUCUCCGACUUCUUCAAUUUCAUCAAUUGCCAAGUCAUUCCGGGCAUCGCCCGCGCUUUCGAUUGCAUCUUCCGGCUAAUCAACAGAUAACAGUUUAUAGUGAUCUAAUCAUGUUUCAAUUUGGUUUCUUUUCUUUUCUUUUCUUCCUUGGUUUCUAUACACACCAAUAAGGGAUGAACAUAGAUUCAUUACAUUACAAGGAGAAUUAAGCAAUUAAAUGAACGUAAUUUUUGUUUCC